AUAAGAGAAGAUUCCAUUUUGUAAAUGGAGACAUAUCAUUAUCAUCACUAACGAAGUCCGAUCAAGUUCCGGAGCGUCAUCAACUUGUGAUCCCAUAGUUUCAAUUAUGGGAUCCAACCUAAGUUGCUGUGGUUCAGACAAGGUGGAAGAAGUGCCAUCAGCAUCAGGUGGUGCGGCGAACAACAAUUCAUGGAGAAUAUUCACAUACAAGGAGUUGCAUGCGGCCACCAAAGGAUUCAGUGAGGAUUGUAAACUUGGUGAAGGUGGCUUUGGAAGUGUCUACUGGGGAAGAACCACUGAUGGUCUCCAGAUAGCAGUGAAGAAGCUGAAAGCCAUGAACUCAAAGGCAGAGAUGGAAUUCGCAGUAGAGGUAGAAGUUCUGGGGAGGGUGAGGCACAAGAACUUGCUGGGUCUGAGAGGGUACUGCGCCGGCGACGAACAGAGACUGAUAGUAUACGAUUACAUGCCAAAUCUCAGCCUCCUCUCUCACCUCCACGGCCAGUUCGCCUCUGAAGUCCACCUCGACUGGAAACGAAGAAUGAACAUCGCCAUCGGCUCUGCUCAAGGCCUACUGUAUUUGCAUCACGAGGUGACGCCUCAUAUCAUUCACAGAGACAUAAAGGCAAGCAAUGUUCUGUUAAACUCAGACUUCGAGCCGCUGGUUGCUGAUUUUGGGUUUGCGAAGCUAAUCCCAGAAGGAGUAAGCCACCUGACGACCCGUGUGAAGGGAACUUUAGGGUACUUGGCUCCUGAGUAUGCCAUGUGGGGCAAGGUCUCUGAAAGCUGCGACGUUUACAGCUUCGGGAUUCUUCUGUUAGAGCUCGUGACUGGAAGGAAGCCCAUCGAGAAGCUUCCAGGAGGGCUCAAGAGAACCAUCACAGAGUGGGCUGAGCCAUUCUUAAGCAAAGGCAAGUUCAGGGACAUGGUGGAUCGAAGACUUAGAGGGAACUUCGACGAGAGACAAGUUGAGCAGAUGAUCAAUGUGGCUGCUCUUUGUGUACAGAGCGAGCCUGAGAAGCGACCAAACAUGAAGCAAGUUGUUAACCUGUUGAAAGGGUACGAGGCAGAUCAUGGGAGGGUGACGAAGACGAGGAUUGACAGUAUCAAGUACAAUGAGCAGCUCAUGGAGCUUGAUCAGAACAGUGAUGAUGAUGAAGAUGAAACCAAUGGUGGAUAUGGUGUUUUUAGUGCUCUUGAGGUGCAAAAGAUGCACGAUCCUUACAAGCGCCAUGGUAAUGGUGCAAAAAUGGCGAAACCAAUUUGAGCAACAAUAUGAUGAUUCAUUUAUUAGCUGUAUAAUCAGUUGAAAUUGUAGCUGGUCUGUAUGAAAUACAAUUGUAAUUUGUGGGGCAUAAACCUGUUUUCUGGAAUGGUGGGUUUGAACAUCUAAAGCUGAAGUUGAACUAUUCACGAAAGAUUUUCUAAACUGUAUAUUGAUUGAAAUUAAUUUCACCCGUCA